AUGUCCAGCUUGCUCACUCCACAACAAAUUAAGGAUUUGGAAAUUGUGCCAAACAUGUUUCCAUCCACAGAUAAGAUCGAUUCUGGUGAUGGUCUUUCCAUGGAAAUUAUCUAUCCAAAUAAUGUCACCGUCAUGUUUGAAAGUAAACUCACACCUUCACUUGUCAAACAUGAACCAUCAAUUCAAUUAAAGGUCAAAGACUUGAACAAGUAUCAACCUGGUCACUACUUUACUAUGAUUUUGAGCGAUCCAGAUGCUCCCUCAAGAAGAGAUCCCAGAAAUCGUGAAUGGUUGCAUUGGAUCAAGGCAAACAUGAAAAUCAAUGAAGAUGGAUCAGUGAGCAUGAAAGAGGUUUCCAAUGUGGCUGAUUAUAUGGGAUCUAUGCCUCCAAAAGGAACUGGUUAUCAUCGAUAUGUGUUUUCCUUGUUUUAUCAUACGGGAAAGUUGGUGCAUUUGCCAGAACAUCAUUGGGGACCUUCGAAUGAAAGUCGUGCAGGUUUUCUUGCCUUGAACUUUGCCAAGAAUCAUCACAUGCAUGGUCCUGUUGCCAUUGGUUGCUUCGAGGCAAACCCACCAGGAAAAACUCUUGUCAGAGUGACAGCUGCAUGCACUGUGAAAAAGAGAACACUUGUAUUAUGUAUCAACUCUGUGAAUGUGUUGCAAUGGAAAAACCAAUUUCUAUUAUGGAGUACCAUUAACGAAAAUCGUAUCAUUAUUUUAACAUCUCAAGAGAAAACUCCUCUUCCCAAAGAUGAUGACGAAUCGCUGAUUAUUAUUACAACCUAUGCCAUGCUUACGAAUACAGGAAAGAAAACAUGUCGUUCCAGCAAACAAGUUUAG